UUAGUGACAACAAAACUUGGUGCUGAGAAAAUUGAUUUUAGUUUGGAACCAUAUUCAAAUGCAAAAGGAGAAUGUGAUAUACCUCCAUUAUUGGUUCAGAGAUAUGCUGAAGAAUUAAGACAAGAUAUAAUCAGUGUUGCUUUAGUUUUAGAACAAGUUAGAAUUAUACAGUUACAAAGCUUAGAUAGAGCUAUUGUACCUAAUGAAAGAUUAGCUGAAUCUUGUAGCGAGGCUUGUGAUUUGAAAAUUGCUUCCAUGCGGGAAUUUUUUAUCUCAAUUGGUCUUCCCAUGUACACAGAGGAUGUGAUAGCAGGUGGUGUCACUACUAUAGAACAAUUACUUAAAACAUCAGAAAGUCAAUUUAACCAAAUGACUGGUGCCGACAGUCGCCAUUUAAAACGCUUAAUGCAUGCA